GAAGCAGCUGCGCUCGGGUGUGAUCAGCGUUGGUGUCGGGGUAUAGUGGGCAGAAAAGACUUGGCCAGGCAGAUGGCUUCUCGGUGGCAGAGCAUGGGGACCUCCGUGCGCCGGAGAUCUCUCCGGCACCAGGAGCAGCUGGAGGACAGCAAGGAGCUGCAGCCUGUGGCCAGCCGUCAGGAGACCUCCUCCAGGGCCCUGGGGUCCCUGUGCAGACAGUUCCAAAGGAGGCUGCCCCUGAAAGCCGUCAACCUCAACCUCCGCGCAGGCCCCUCCUGGAAACGCCUGGAAACCCCAGAGCCAGGGCAGCAGGGCCUCCAGGCAGCAGCUCGCUCAGCUAAGAGUGCCUUGGGUGCCAUGUCCCAGAGAAUCCAGGAGUCCUGCCAAAGUGGCACCAAGUGGCUGGUGGAGACCCAGGUGAAGGCCAGGAGGAGGAAGAGAGGGCCACAGAAGGGCAGUGGCUCCCCAACUCACAGCCUGAGCCAGAAGAGCACCCGGCUGUCUGGAGCCGCCCUUGCCCACUCACCCGCAGACCACUGGGAGGAGCAUCACUGCCUCUCUGCCCGGAUGGGCUCAUGUGCCCACCCAUUCUGGCGGUCGAGGUGGGAGGCAGCCUUCCGGAGCCCCUGCUCCUCUACAGAGCCCCUCUGCUCUCCCAGUGAGUCUGACAAUGACCUAGAGCCGGUGGGGGCGGGAAUUCAGCACCUUCAGAAGCUGUCCCAAGAGCUAGAUGAAGCCAUCAUGGCAGAAGACAGGAAACAAGCCCUGUCUGACUGCCAAGGCUUCACACCCAAGGACGUCUGUGCUUCCUCAUGCACUUCCUGGAGGAAGUCCCCAGGAGUCAUCAGUACCCCUGGGCCCCUGCUAAUGAGGACCUGACUGACAAGGGGCCUGGAGCCCCCCUGCUCCGGCCACAUCUGGACCCAUCAGUGACUGCCAGCCAUAGCCUGAGAGUGUCUUGGGGAGAGUGUCUUGCAGAGGUGGGGAGCAUUGUACCUUUUGCUUUCCCAGGGGACUCUUGAGCUUAGAAACUCAUUAUACACCUGCCUUUGAGCUUUGUAUUUGCCUCAUCUGUAACGUGAAGUGCUACCAUCUGAUGUCUGAGAGCUCAGCCAUGUACCCAGGUGUCUGGUUUUGGGGGAGUCAUCCACAGAGUCACUCACCGUCUGUGUUUCUGGUACCAAGGCUCUUGAGGGCCCCACUCUCAUCCCUGCUUUCCCUAUCAGCGACUCAGAGGAAGGCACAGGAGAUAUUUCCAGGCUUAAGACCUUGGGCUCACAGGUACCUAUUUAUAUGCUCGAUGCAGAGUGCUGUGGGUAUGCCGGGAGGGGUAGCCUGGUCAAGAGCAAUUUCUGCCCUUUGUAAAUUAUUUAAGAAAUCUGCUUUGUCAUUUUAUUAGAAAGAAACCAGCGUGUGACUUUCCUAGAUAACACUGCUUUCUCAUAAUAAAGACUGCCUUUGACAUCUGUUCCCUUUCACCGCCAACCUCCAUCGUCCCCCACCCCCCCACACCAUUCUGUGCUAUAGAUUUGUGGUUUGGGGUCUGGCCCUCAUCUACCUCUGCUCCCAGCCAGCCUGCCCCGAAGUCCCACCCCAGGGAGAACAUGUAUAAGGGGAAAGGUUUCUCAAUUUCAUUCAGAGCAAAACACAUUGUAAAGGCAAAUAAGGUUUUUAUUUAAGUGACAACGCUUGAGAGCUAAAAACCAGCUCACAUCAAAAUCAAGACCAGUUGUAAAAAUCUUUUAACUCCAUAAUGCUCUUUUUGUCUUGUUAGAAAUCUGGUAUCUUACAUUAGCGUCUCUAACGGAUUUUGUACAAGGCAGCCAUAAAGAAUAUAAUAAACCUUUUUUACCACGGAACCAUCUGUCACAGAUAAUACUGAAAGUUACACACUUAGGAACAGUCAGACCACAGACAAGGUCAGGCUGGCUGCCACCACCAAGUAAACAGAGAGAAGGACAGCGGGGUCCAAGGGUGGGGGUCCCUGUGCACAAGUCGCCCUCCUCUGGCCUGCCCCCUCCUUGGUGUCGCCUGCUUCUCCUUUGCCCCAAAGAGGGUGGAGUCAAAUUCAAAUUUUCCUCCCAAGUGCCUGUUAGUUUCUCAACAAGGAGAGCGGGACCCAGGUCAGGCGUCGGGGCUUGGACUUAACCCUAACUGUGGUUUUUAAGAAAGUUCCCCUAAGCCUAGAAGGAAAGGAAGGAAGGGAUGUUUCUUCUGGCUGAGCCAAAAGACUAUAGGUUUUCAGGGCAUUUCGUACCCAAACCCCCCCAGAUGGGAUUCAGUGGGAAAGUUGGUUGUUUAAGGCGGGGUCAGGGCCCCCCUCCCGGGGCUGCACCUGGGCUGGGUGGGAGAGUGAGGAUGCAGAGGACUCUCGUGCCUCAUGAACGACUCCAGGGCACAGCUAUGGGUCCCAAAGGGAUAAAAAUACAAUUUAAAAACCAUGAGAUCCAGCCUCGCCUCUUCCAGAGCACCCACCACCACGAAUCUCUGGAAUACUAGAAUUCAAACACAUUCAUUUGCUGUAGCCCAGCACCCAGACAAGAGGGCCGUUCAUCCCAAUGUGUAAAAGGAGUCUGCUUUUU